AAGACUUAGAUGCAAGGAGUUUAGAUGCAAGGAGGUAUCCACUCAAGCAAGACUUCUGUCCAAUCUUCUAUCUCACGGCUAUGCCGGAAUUCAUGACGCCGCAAUAUCUACAGACACUGGAUAUUUAUUUGAAUAUUUAAGCUCACCUAACCCCGUCGGAGCUCUUCAGAUAUAGCAUCCAUAUAUCUUCCAAGUUUCCGCAUUUAUCAACCUUAGUCGGCCUCCCCUUUUUAUGUUCAAACGCCGACUGCUUUCUGGAGUAGUCUAUCAAAGAACAUCGUCGUGGACCAGGCCUUCCGCACGUCAAUUCCCUACUUACUACUCUACUUACCUGUACCGGCUCAACAUGUCUGCUCCUAAGCGACAAAAGUCAUCGAAAGACGUGCCAUACGAGCUUUUAUAUUGGCCCGGCAUACCCGGUCGUGGAGAGCAUAUACGCCUAGCGCUUGAGGAGGGCGGGGCUACGUACAAAGACACAGCGCAGAUUGAGAAGGGCAUUGAUCAAGUAACCGCACAGAUCGACGAGGGUAAUGUAGGCGACGAUCUCAACCCGCCGCCUUUUGCGCCUCCCAUCCUCCGUCAUGGUGAUCUUCUCAUCUCUCAGACUCCUAACAUCUUGUUGUAUCUUGGGCCCCGGCUUGGGCUGGUGCCGAGUGAAGACGAUGAGGAGCAUCCAGACGCAUUGUACAAGGUCAACGCGCUUGCUCUGACAGCCCUUGACGGUCUGAGUAAUGAGGUUCACGAUUGCCACCAUCCUAUCGCUUCUGGGCUGUACUACGAGGACCAGAAGGAGGAAGCGAAACGGAAGAGCAAGGAAUUUGUGAAGACCCGUCUCCCCAAGUUUCUAGGAUAUUUUGAACGUGUGCUGCAGGGUAAGGCAAGCGGAGAAGGCCCGUGGUUGUACGGUGGCCAGUUGACCUAUGCAGACUUGGUGCUAUUCCAAUGUAUUGACGGCACUAAAUUUGCCUUCAGGAAGGCUAUGGCCGCAGCCGAGAAGUCGGGCAAGUAUGCGCACGUGUUUAAGCUAUAUGCCGCCGUGAAGGAACGGCCCAGGAUUAGUGAGUACCUGGCUAGUAAGAGGAGACAAGACUAUUCGAUGGGCAUCUACCGAUACUAUGACGAAUUGGACUUUGGACCCGAAGGUCGAGAUUGAACUACAUAACAGAGAAACAUGAUAGGGUAUACUAGAGUUUAAAUAAAAUACUUUACUUCCAGGACCCCA